AUGAGCUACUCAGACGAGCAGAAGAAGUUCAAGGGCAUCCGCCGCCGCAAGUGGGGGAAGUGGGUGUCGGAGAUUAGGGUCCCGGGGACGACGGAGCGCCUCUGGCUCGGCUCCUACGCUACGCCGGAGGCCGCCGCCGUCGCCCACGACGUCGCCUUCUACUGCCUCCGCGGCGACUCCUCGCAGGGGAACCUCAACUUCCCGCUGGCCCUGCCGGCCGGCGCGGCCGUCGGGAUCUCUCCGCGGUCGGUGCAGAGGGCGGCAUCGGACGCAGGCCUGGCGAUCGACGCGCGGCUGUCGGGGUCGAGGGGUGGCGGCGAUCAGCCGCACGCCGGCGAUUGGAACGGAGGAAACGAUCGGGAGCAUUUGAACAUUUCCGUCGAAGAUUAUCUGUAG